AUGGCACCUAUGGACAAGUGGGUAGGGGUCGGGACGGCCAUGACCGUCUUCACCUUGCUGUGCUCCAGGAUGCCUGACCGCAUCCACGGCGAGGCGAGGCACUUCAUCACCAAGUGGGCGCCGAUCAUCGCCGCCUACUUCAACCCCUACAUCCAGCUCAGCAUCUCCGAGCAAAGCGACGAGCAGUUCCGCCGGAACGAGCUCUUCGACCACAUCUCCGCCUACCUCACCGACGCGUGCGCUCGCGACGCCCGUAAGCUUAAGAUGGCGCUCGGGAAGGACGGCAAGAUCCCGGAGAUCACCCUGGACGACAACGUGAAGGUGACCGACGACUACGAAGGCGCCCGCAUCUGGUGGUACGCGUCCAACAAGGGCCCAAGCUACCGGAGCCGGGGACCCGUCUUCAACCUUUUCCCCACCGAAAGUGAGCCCCGGGUCUUCCGUGCAGUGUUCCACAAGCGCCACCGCGAUGUCGUGCUCACCAAAUACAUGCCCUUCGCCCUAGACAAGGGCCACGGGAUCAUCGCCAACAGGGGCAGAAAGAGGCGGCUGUACACGAACCACCGGCCGGGAAACAAGAGCACCUGGAGCCACGUGCCUUUCGAGCACCCGGCGACCUUCGACAAGCUCGCCAUGGACCCUGUCCAGAAGGAGGAGCUUAUCAACGAUCUCGACGAGUUCACCGGCGGCAAGAAGUACUACUCUGACGUGGGAAAGGCGUGGAAGCGUGGGUACCUGCUCUACGGCCCACCUGGCACGGGCAAAUCGACCUUGGUCUCGGCCAUGGCCAACAAGCUCAACUACGACGUCUACGAUCUCGACCUCACCUCCAUCAAGAGCAACGCCGAGCUGAGGAAGCUCUUCCUCGAGACCAAAGGCAAGUCCAUCAUCAUGAUUGAGGACAUCGAUGCUAUUGAGGUCGACCUCGCUAGGAGCCGCAAGAAAAGGGCCAGCAGCAGCAGCAGCAGCGACCUCCUCUCGGCGGAGUUGGACCCCAGCAAGGAUGACGGGAGCAAGGUGACGCUCUCUGGACUGCUCAGCUUCGUGGACGGGCUAUGGUCGGCCAGUGGCAGCGAGCGGAUCAUCGUCUUCACCACCAACCACGUCGACACGCUUGAUCCGGCGCUAAUCCGUCGAGGGAGGAUGGACAUGCACAUCAGGAUGUCCUACUGCCGUUUCGGGGCCUUCAAGGUGCUGGCCAACAACUACCUCCAGGUAAACGAUCACGAGCUCUUCGGCGAGAUCCAGCGGCUGCUACACCACACCGACAUAUCGCCCGCUGACGUGGCGCAUACCCUCAUGCGCAAGUGCAACAAGAGGAAGAGGGACACCGAUGAAGUUAUUGCUGCCAAAUGCAACAAGACCAAGACGGACACGGACACUUGCUUGGCAGGCUUAGUUGAGACCCUCAAGAAGAAAGCCAAGAAGAGGGAAUCGACCACGACCGCUCCUGCCAAUGAAGAUACAGCACCGGCCUUUCACGAGGGGUCCGCUAUUGAAAUUUAA